GCCGAGGAAGACGCUCCGAUAACCCGUGCGUUUCGUAAGGCUCGGAGCACUUGUACAUUUCUGCAGGCGCGUAGCGAGCCAUUCGCGGCUGCUGCUGCUGCAGCUCUGACUGCAUCUUCCUCCUCCUCCUUCCUCCAGCUCCACGCGUGUGUAUGUGAGUGUGUGCGAGUGUGUUUUGCAGGUGUGCCCGUUUUAAUUCUGCCCAGGAGGUGGGACUUGGUGACUUUAGCACCAUUUUUUUCUCUUUUAUUAUUAUUAUUUUUUGCCUUCCCACCGACUGUUGUUGCAACCCUGCAAAGUAUCGGAGUCGGAGAGUGCGCCUCGUUUCCAGAGCUCCUGGACCCCGCAAGCCGGCGAGCGCCGAGCCGGCCACCAUGCCCGGCAGACCGCGCCACUAGGCGCUCCCCGCGGCUCCCACCCGGCGGCGGCGGCGGCCGCGAUGGUUUCCGACGCUGAAGGAUUUUGCAUCUGAUCGCUCGGCGUUUCAAAGGCAGAGGCCCCCCUCCCCCUUCCCCCUCCCUUGCCGUCUUUGUUUCCUUCCCCCCCUGCUCUCCCCACUCCCCCCACCCCACCCCCCUCUCCUCUCCUCCUCCUCCUCCUCUUUUUUAGAAGCAGCGAUCGGAGAUGGAUGUCUCUCUUUGCCCAGCCAAGUGUAGUUUCUGGCGGAUUUUCUUGCUGGGAAGCGUCUGGCUGGACUAUGUGGGCUCGGUGCUGGCUUGCCCUGCAAAUUGUGUCUGCAGCAAGACUGAGAUCAAUUGCCGGCGGCCGGACGAUGGGAACCUCUUUCCCCUCCUGGAAGGGCAGGAUUCAGGCAACAGCAAUGGGAACACCAGCAUCAACAUCACGGACAUCUCAAGGAAUAUCACUUCCAUACACAUAGAGAACUGGCGAGGCCUGCACACGCUCAACGCUGUGGACAUGGAGCUCUACACGGGACUCCAGAAGCUGACCAUCAAAAACUCUGGACUCCGGAACAUUCAGCCCAGAGCCUUCGCCAAGAACCCCCACUUGCGUUAUAUAAACUUGUCAAGUAACCGGCUCACCACGCUCUCCUGGCAGCUCUUCCAGACGCUGAGUCUUCGGGAAUUGAGACUGGAGCAGAACUUCUUCAACUGCAGCUGCGACAUCCGCUGGAUGCAGCUGUGGCAGGAGCAGGGGGAGGCCCGGCUGGACAGCCAGAGUCUUUACUGCAUCAGUGCCGAUGGCUCCCAACUCCCUCUCUUCCGCAUGAACAUCAGUCAGUGUGAUCUCCCUGAGAUCAGUGUGAGCCACGUCAACCUGACCGUCCGAGAAGGAGACAAUGCUGUGAUCACUUGCAAUGGCUCUGGUUCCCCCUUGCCUGAUGUGGACUGGAUAGUCACUGGGCUGCAGUCCAUCAACACCCACCAGACCAAUCUGAACUGGACUAAUGUACAUGCCAUCAACUUGACCCUGGUGAACGUGACAAGCGAGGACAACGGCUUCACCCUGACAUGCAUUGCGGAGAACGUGGUGGGCAUGAGCAAUGCCAGCGUUGCUCUCACUGUCUACUACCCUCCCCGUGUGGUGAGCCUGGUGGAGCCCGAGGUACGCCUGGAGCAUUGCAUUGAGUUUGUGGUGCGUGGCAACCCAACCCCCACACUGCACUGGCUGUACAAUGGGCAGCCCCUGAGGGAGUCCAAGAUCAUUCACAUGGACUACUACCAGGAGGGUGAGGUCUCCGAGGGCUGCCUGCUCUUCAACAAGCCCACCCACUACAACAAUGGCAACUACACCCUCAUUGCUAAGAAUGCCCUGGGCACAGCCAACCAGACCAUCAAUGGCCACUUCCUGAAGGAGCCCUUUCCAGAGAGCACAGAUUUCUUUGACUUUGAGUCUGAUGUGAGCCCCACUCCCCCUGUCACUGUGACCCACAAACCAGAGGAAGACACUUUUGGGGUAUCCAUAGCGGUCGGACUUGCUGCCUUUGCCUGCGUCCUUCUGGUGGUUCUCUUCAUCAUGAUCAACAAGUAUGGUCGCCGGUCCAAAUUUGGAAUGAAGGGUCCCGUGGCUGUCAUCAGUGGUGAGGAGGACUCAGCCAGCCCACUGCACCACAUCAACCAUGGCAUCACCACACCUUCAUCGCUGGACGCUGGGCCAGACACAGUGGUCAUUGGCAUGACCCGCAUCCCAGUCAUUGAGAACCCCCAGUACUUCCGCCAGGGACACAAUUGCCACAAGCCAGAUACAUAUGUCCAGCACAUCAAGAGGAGAGACAUCGUGUUGAAGAGAGAACUGGGUGAGGGAGCCUUUGGAAAGGUCUUCCUGGCUGAGUGUUACAAUUUAAGCCCCACCAAAGACAAGAUGCUCGUGGCAGUGAAGGCCCUGAAGGAUCCUACCUUGGCUGCCAGGAAGGACUUCCAGAGGGAGGCAGAGCUGCUCACAAACCUGCAGCAUGAACAUAUUGUCAAGUUCUAUGGGGUGUGUGGUGAUGGGGACCCACUCAUCAUGGUCUUUGAAUACAUGAAGCAUGGAGACCUUAACAAGUUCCUCAGGGCCCAUGGGCCAGAUGCGAUGAUCCUCGUGGAUGGGCAGCCACGCCAGACCAAGGGGGAGCUAGGGCUCUCCCAGAUGCUCCACAUCGCCAGUCAGAUCGCCUCGGGCAUGGUGUACCUGGCCUCGCAGCACUUCGUGCACCGGGACCUGGCCACUAGGAAUUGCCUGGUUGGAGCCAACCUACUGGUGAAGAUUGGUGAUUUCGGCAUGUCCAGGGAUGUUUACAGUACUGAUUACUACAGGCUCUUUAAUCCAUCUGGAAAUGAUUUUUGUAUAUGGUGUGAGGUGGGAGGACACACCAUGCUCCCCAUCCGCUGGAUGCCUCCCGAAAGCAUCAUGUACCGGAAGUUCACCACAGAGAGUGAUGUGUGGAGCUUUGGGGUUAUCCUGUGGGAGAUCUUUACCUAUGGGAAGCAACCAUGGUUCCAGCUCUCCAACACAGAGGUCAUUGAGUGCAUCACCCAAGGCCGCGUCUUGGAGAGGCCCCGAGUCUGCCCAAAAGAGGUAUAUGAUGUCAUGCUGGGGUGCUGGCAGAGGGAGCCUCAACAGCGGCUGAAUAUUAAGGAUAUCUUCAAAAUCCUCCAGGCUUUGGGGAAGGCCACCCCCAUCUACCUGGACAUCCUCGGCUAGUAGGACUGGUGGCCAAGCAUUUAUACUCUGUUGCCUCCUCUCUCCCUGCCUCAUAUCCACUUUCUCCUCAUCUCAACUCCUUUCUUCCAUCUUUGACUGAAAUGAACAUCUUCAUAUAAAUUCAAGUGCCUGCUACACAUACAACACCGAAUUUAAAAAACAAAACAAAACAAAACAAAAGAAAGAAACCCUCUAAGGCAGUUUGACAUAUAUAUAUUUAUAUAUAUACAUAACUAUCUAUCUAUCUAUAUCUACAGAGAAUUACCUUCUCUAAUACAUAGAGACGCUGCUGAUACAGAAAACCAUAAGACAUUAACAACUGAGAAACAUUUUAAAUAUUAUUAUUAACACAAAUGAAAUUCCCUUGACUUAAGCUGUGGCCAUGCUUCUUCAGCUCUGACUUUCCAGAGCUCUUCGUCUUGACCGGCAGAGAGGGAGGAUGGGAGGAAGGCAUGGUGACGCACAAUCAUCCAUGCGCAUGCGCGACCCAUUGGCGGUGCUUGGCAAGGAAACAGUUCUGGAAGUCCAGGCCCUUUGGAAACAUCUCCGGCCUGCCUUGACCUUCGCCUCCACUCUCCUCCCCUUUUCUUCUUUGGGGGCAGUUUUCUAAUUUUUUUUCCAUUCUACAAAUAUAUAGUCCUGAUGCUUUUGAGAAUCAGCGAUGACACCUACGAGUAACUACUGAACAAAAGCCAACACCAGAUCCCACGAGAGCAAAGCCAUCCAUGGCCCGGUUAAACGCCGAGCAAGUCAGUGCGGGGGGGACUCUGGGAAGAGCAAACCCCAGCCUUGUGGAUGUAAAUCACGCUCAAGUUCCUUACUGGGUUUGAAGAGCUUCGAUCCUCUGAACCUGAAGAACUGGAUUUAAAUUGGCGAAUUUAGAGACUCGAACCAAGGAAGUAAAAACAGCUGAGAAUCCUAUCAAGGCACUACCACUCAUCUUUCCAUCACUUGGAAGACUCUUUGGCCUGUCCUUGCCUUUUCAGGCCCUUGGGGAGUUGGGAGGUUUAGAGUCCACGUUCUCUGGAGUCAUCUCUUAAUGUGGACACAGAGGCUUCGGGGCUCUGGGAUUUGCUUAUUUGCUUGUAGAUCAUAAUUAGGCGUCCCCGUGGGUCUUAUUUUCUUAUCUCGCUUUCCCCACAUCCCAAGGUUCUCUCAAGUCCUGGGUAAACCCCAUUGCCAGGGAAGGAAUCCAGCCGAGAGCCUGAGGCAUGUGUGUUUCGAGGAGCCAGACACUGGCAUUGGCAAAAGCCAGCAGAGAAUCUACUUGGCACCUGCGUUGGGCCCUUGGCAUUCUCCUCACGUUUUAAGCCCUUGGAAGGAUUAAUGCAUCUGUCUUUGAGCUGUUGCGAAAAAAGGCAGGGACUGAGAAAUGGCUCUGUGGGCUGGGUGCGUGUGGGGGGCGAGGGGAGGAGGGCAGGGCGGUGACUGAAGCUUCUCUGGAAGCUGUCCAAUGAAUGAGUGGCCAGUGCCGCAAUUUUGCCAUCCUAAUGAGGACCAAGUGCUGACCAGGGAGUGAGAAUGAAACAUCUGGUCUGGGGCCCGUCCCCUAAGCCCCCAGCUCCAGGGAGAAUCGCUGCCUUCCCAACUGUGUUGCUGAGGAUGGCAAAAGAGGCAGGCGGUUUCUGGACAGCUCUCACACAGAAUGAAACGCCCCCAGGAGCCGCACCGAGCCAUCUUGCUGGGGAGGAGUGGAUGUGCCCCUCCUAGGGUACCCGUCUCUCCACCUCAUCCCAAGCACAGAACUACCUAACAGACAUUUUCUUACCAGAAGCUCCCAGGAACCGCCGACAUACCAUUCCUUGCCAGCUGAAAAACUCUGCAGCCUAGAUAUCCCGACCAGUCAAAGGCAGCUGAAGUAUGGGCAACUCCAUGGCGGGUUAAGGACUGGAUUACGUGUUUGUGAUUUUACUUUUCUUUUUUAAAUACCAACAAAUGUUUUUAUUCAACUAGAAAAGAGCUGUGCUCAGAUUGUAGCCAUGGUUGGGAUUCAGGGAUGAGCAAGCCUGCUCAGCUGGACUGGGGAGAGAGCUGGGUCAACUAGGAAUUCAAUGUGGAACUUCUUACUCCACUGGGUGCCCAGCCCCUGAAGUUGUCAGGGAGAGGCUCUUUGGAUUGAUCCCUUAAAAAAAAAGAACCCUUUGCUGUCCUGUGGCAAUGACUUCUCUUAUUACACCUUGAUUCAGUCCACCUGAGGCUUUGGUCUCUGCUGGGGAUGUGAGCGCCGGGUGGUAGUUUCCAUCCCAGUUUUUAUCCUGUAGCCAAGGGGGAGACAUUCCCAGGCAAGGGAUGACUGGGGGCGGGAGCUGAGGAGAAAGGGAUUCCUUGUUAGAGGGGAUGAUGCUCCGUGGUGAGCGGGGGUUGCUGGAAGAAGUGGAGGUCUGGUGUUUAGAGCCUGUGUGGGAGAGCUGGGAGAAAUGACAAGGCUGAACUUGCUCAAGGGUCCUUGUGCUACUUCCAUAAGCUUCUACACUGGCAGUCGGGGUACCUCCUCUCUACAUCCUCCACUGUCAGCCGCCUGUGUAUCAGUAAGUGAGAGAGGGGGCAAUGGAGUUAGGAGGGGUGCAGAACGGGGUCAACCUUCUUCCUAUCCUGGCAACCUCCCUGUGUCCAGGAGAUUUUUCCAUGUGAACCUUGGAAAGUGGAGAAAGGGCUUGCGGCUGCUUCCGAGGGUAAGGACACGCAGAACAGGCUUUGGAUAGUGAUGGCUCUGGGGUGUGCAGAGCGUCUUACUCCUCUGUGCCGGCACAGAACGCAUACGACUCACUUCACUGUGCCAUGUUUUCCUUAUGUGCAGAGUAAGGGGGGGGGGGCCUGGUUAUGCCCCCAUCCUAUUCUAGCCCUCAAUCUUUAGCUCCUAACAGCACGGAAUCACUGUGCCAUUUUUUCUCUUAGCAUCGCUCUGGAAUGCCUAGAAAAUCCUCCUUUGGCCUAGUGCAAGCAGAAGGCGGUUGUCUCUGAGGACACACUGUACUUGGGCUGAGGUUGGUUCCAGCAAGUCAGUCUGAUCCUCCUCUUCCUCCCUUGUCAAAACAUGCAUGAGUCUAAAGUUUCUGAGACUACUUUAGCUUGGGGUGGAGGGGAUAUUCUCUCUCAUUCCCCACCCCAGCCUUCCCCUAUACCAGAAAAUUGUUAUUGGUGGUUUAUUUAUUUAUUUAUUAUUUAUUUAUUUUUUUAAAGAGUCUAAUGUGGUCUGAUGAGUCUAGAAUUGACAUCCCAUAAGCCCAUGUAGCUGCUGCCACCUGCUCCAUCCUGCUUCCUACUUAAAUGUGUCUACCCCAUGCCAAAUUGAUUUAGUACUUAGUUUGAAGUCAACUGCACUGUGAAUGCUCAUGAAUGGUCCAGAGAACCCAUGCUUAUCUCUGUGCCCUGUCACUGUCACCUGGACCUCCCCUUAAUGGACAAAGAAUGACGUGGCUAUCCACUGUAGAGCUGGGAGUCAUGGCCAAGGUUCCUUUUAGUUAUGUGCUCUGGCCAAGAGCCUGAUGCUCCUUUCUGAUUUCAUCUCUGAACUAGGAGCGGUUGCCAAGGGGCACUCAGCCUUCACUAGCCAAUAGACAAAGGACUUGGGCCCUUCUUCCACUCAGCAGAUCAUGCACAUGUUAUUCCCAGAGACAACUUUUCACCGGAGGCGAAGAUCCUCCAUUUUCCCAGGCUUGAGGUGAACAGUUUUUGUUCACUUCUGGUGAUCCUUACCUUGUGGAACACACUAGUGCAAGUACUUCUGGUGCUAAACACUAUAUAAAUCAGUACCAAUGGAAGAGCUUUACAGCAGACGUGAGGAUGAGUGAACCCUGCUUGAUGAACACCCAGACAGUGGAAAGACCACUGAGAACCCUGCCUUCAUGCUUGGCUAACCCAUGUGAUUGUGGCUAAGUCAACAUUUCUUUAAUUAUCAGUCUUCUCCCCUCCCCCUCCCCGAGAUAUACAGAGUUAGAAAAAUGGACCCUUAGAAUCUACUUCAGUUUGAAAGGCUC